UUUACCCUAUAUCUAUCCCCGGCAGGUCGGUUAUCGCUGCUCCUUGCCCGUGGAAAGCAAUGGCGUCAGUUGUCUCUCUCUCAAACGCAAUUGGAUUCUGUAGCAGCAAAAACCCCAAUACCUUUCCAUCAACUUCCCUAUCUCUGCGUUCAGAAGGAGUUGACAUGAAGAUUCUUUCGCGGCGGCACGGUUGUUCGAAAGAUGGACAUGGCCGAAGAUGUGUUCGAGUGUAUGGUUUAUUUGGAGGGAAAAAAGAUAGUAAUGAGAAAAGUGAUGAUGCACCUUCUAAGGCAGGAAUUCUUGGAAACAUGCAAAACCUCUUUGAGACUGUGAAGAAGGCACAAAUGGUUGUCCAAGUUGAAGCAGUGAGGGUGCAGAAAGAACUUGCAGCGGCUGAGUUUGAUGGUUACUGUGAGGGUGAGUUAGUAAAGGUAACUCUGACAGGAAACCAGCAACCCUUAAGGACAGAAAUUACUGAGGCAGCUAUGGAAUUGGGAUCAGAAAAACUUUCGCUUUUAAUCACUGAAGCAUACAAGGAAGCACACCAGAAGAGUGUCCAGGCCAUGAAGGAAAGGAUGAAUGAUCUUGCACAGAGCUUAGGAAUGCCACCUGGGCUUGGGGAAGGAUUGAAAUGAUGAUAUUCUUAACGGAGAUUGUAACGACUCGGGGCCUAAUUUUUGCAUGCAAAAUAUACUAGAUGGACAGGCUUAUAUUCUUAAUUUAUUUUCCAUCGAUAUUUUUAAGCCAGGAGUUAUUUGCAAUUGUGAAGGAUCCUCUUUUCUCACCUGUUUCUAGUCCUUUUUAAUUGGAAGAAUGUUAUGAAAUGGAACUGAAUGGUAUGUGUAACAAGGGUUUAUUGUUUGGUAGAGUUGCACCAGAAUACCUUUUUGUAUAGGGUUUCUAGAUUUACAUUGAUGUUAGAGGUUGAUAUGUGGGGGAUUAGGGAAAUGUUUUUUUAAUGAAAGACUUGGAUGAAGCUUAUA